UGUUUGCCGCUGACGCCACUCCCAUUGCGCCGGGAAUUGCCCUUGUCUUGCAAUAUUUGCAAUUUAACGCCAAAAAUCAACGAAAAUGCCGAACCCUAAGGUUUUCUUCGACAUGGCUGCCGAUGGUGCUCCGUUGGGACGCAUCGUAAUGGAGCUCCGGUCUGACGUGGUGCCCAAGACGGCCGAAAACUUCCGCGCCCUCUGCACUGGCGAGAAGGGCUUCGGCUUCAAGGGCUGCUCCUUCCACCGUGUCAUCCCCGACUUCAUGUGCCAGGGCGGCGACUUCACCAACCACAACGGCACCGGCGGCAAGUCCAUCUACGGGACCAAGUUCGAGGACGAGAACUUCACCCUGAAGCACACCGGACCCGGCAUCCUCUCCAUGGCCAACGCCGGCCCCAACACCAACGGCAGCCAGUUCUUCCUCUGCACGGUGAAGACGUCCUGGCUGGACGGCAAGCACGUGGUGUUCGGCUCCGUCUCCGAGGGCAUGGACGUCGUCAAGAAGAUCGAGAGCUACGGCUCCCGCGACGGCAAGACGACGAAGAAGAUCGUGAUCCAGGACUGCGGCCAGUUGUAAUGGCCGUCCGCCUGGCGUGUUGCGCUCUGUGGCGGCGCGCCGCCCGCUCUCUGGCGCGCCGUCCGGCCGGCGGGCCCGCUCAUCCGUCAUUGGUUUGGCCCGGCGCGGCGUGUGACGCCGUCCUCAGUCGGCCCUCCUGGUCCCGUGCUCGCCCCCCGCCGUGCCUAGCACCGGCGCCAGUCAGGCGGCCGCGCCAGCCGUGGCGCCGCCGCAGUGGCGUCUGUUCCGCUCUCCUGUUGUUUCGGCGCCGCCGGCCGCCGCCAGUUUGUGUUGCCCGCCGGCCGACUGUCUGACCCUCUGCUCUCGUUACUCAAGCAUUCCACGCUCCGGCGCGGCUUAACGGCCGCCGUAGACACGCAGCGUAGGACUUCGUUUAGGGUGUACUAAUCGGCCUAUUCGGAAAUAAACACUGCUUGCCUUCCUC